AUGCAUUCACAACGACAGACUCCUGUAGAACCAUUGGAUACUGAGAUAUUUUCGAAUUUAUACACCUACGCUCAUUUAAUAGACAUAUCAUAUUGUAUUUCAAACAUAGGUGGCAUCCAAGAGCCGUUCAAAUGUGAUUUAAAUUGUGAAUCAAGGUUUCCAAAUAUGACAUUAAUUUAUCAAUGGUAUUUUGAAGAUAGUGUUGCAGGGUAUAUUGCCACUACGUAUGAGAAUAUUUUUAGAUAUAACGAAACAAACGAUGAUACUAAAACCAAGAGAAAGAAAACUAUUAUAAUAUCAUUGAGGGGUACUAAAUCGUUUUCAGAUACUUACGCCGAUUUGAAAAUUAACAUGAUAGGUUAUUCGAAUUUGGGUUUAAAAUUAAAAUUAUGUGGUUAUGAUUGUAAAGUUCAUAAAGGCUUCUACGAUUAUUUUUUAAAAACAUUACGGCAUAUAAAUCAAUAUGUAAUCAAUGAACUAAAUGGAGAAAAUAAUGAUGACUCUAUACCUUCAAAUGAUAAGGAAGAUUAUGAGUUAAUCAUUCUUGGUCACUCGUUGGGUGGGAGUGUUGCUUUAUUACUAGGUUUACACUAUUUGGAUAUGGGGUAUGACAAGUUGACAUUAGUAACGAUGGGCCAGCCUUUACUUGGAAAUUUUGAAUUUGUCAACUGGGUUGACGAUGUAAUGGGCAGUUACAAUAUACCAGUACAUAACAAUUUCAAUAGGAAAUUUUUAAGAGUUAUUCACAAGAACGAUAUUAUAACCACUUUACCCAAGAAUCAGAAUCCUAUCGAUGUUUAUUAUCAAUUUAAUAAUCAAAUUUAUCUCAAUUGCUCAGAGUCGAAUACCAGACCUUCUUUGAAUGAAGUUGUAAAUUGUUUUACUGGUGACAAUGAUCGAUGCAUUGCAAAAGAUCAGCCUUACGACAUACUGAAUAGACAUAAUUAUUUACAGAUUCAUCUUACUUAUUUCAGGAAGAUGGGUUUUUGCGGUUUAAGAAUUUAA